GGAAAAUUAAGAAAUAAUGAAAACAAACGUUUACUAGUUCAACAGUCGCCUUCAGUGUUUUAUAACUUUUUAUCUUAUUGUAUGUACAUGAAAAUUAAUUAAUUCAUAUAUAGAAGAAAACAAAGUAAAUUAUAUUAACAGUAAUGUCAGAAAACGGGAAGACAUUUGAAGAAUCACACUUCCAUCUUUAUGACUUUCCUACAGUCUCAAUCCCUCGAUUAAGUCAUUUGAAUCCUGAUACUGACAGGCUUAUUUCAGAAAUGAAGCCUGUAGUCCUGACUGAUACAGAAUUAGUUGCCUCUGCUCAAAAAUGGAACCUUGACUACUUAGAGAAGAACAUUGGUCCUGGGUCUUAUACUGUUUACCUUUCAAACAAUAAAAAAUUCAAAUAUUUUGAUGAAAGUAAGAUACGAGAACACAACUUGAAUUUUACCCCUCCCACUGAACGAAUUGAAAUGAAAUUUUGGGAUUUUGCUGAGCGUCUUCGAAACUGGAAAGAUGGUGAAAAAAGAAUGUAUCUACAACAGCCUCUGAAUGAUACUGUGGGAAAGAAUAUGGUUGAUGAUUUUCUAAGUUUUAAUUGGAACUGGAUAGCAAGGCAGAAAAAAGAAAACAAUUGGGGACCUCUAACAUCUAAUCUUCUAUUGAUUUCUACUCCAGGUAACAUCACACCAGUCCACUAUGAUGAACAGGAAAACUUCUUUGCUCAAAUCCAUGGCUACAAAAGGUUCAUAUUGUUUUCUCCUGAUUGUUAUGAUAAACUCUAUCCUCAUCCUGUUUGGCAUCCUCAUGAUCGACAGAGUCAAGUUGACUUUGAUGUUCCCCAGUAUGAUAAGUUUCCAAAAUUUCAUGACAUCAGUGGACAGGAGGCAGUGUUAGGGCCAGGUGAUGUGCUUUAUCUUCCCAUGUACUGGUGGCAUCAUGUUGAAACUGUACAGCAUGGAGACUAUGCAGUUUCUUUAAAUUUCUGGUACAAGUCAGGACCUUCUGGAAAAAUUACAUAUCCUCUUCAAGGUUUCCAGAAGAUGGCAGUAAUGAGAAAUAUUGAAAAGAUGUUGGUAGAGACAUUAAAGGAUGUUAAUGAGGUUGGACCAUUAUUACAAGCUUUGGUGGAAGGACGGUAUACUUAGCUAUUAUUCAGAUACAUGGUCUAGUUUUCAAUAAAGAUUUUGUAAAGUGAAAGUUAUUUGUAAAACCUUUUAUUCCCUAAAAAUUUUUGGUGCUGAUUGUCUGAUUCCUGGCAAUGUCUUUGCAAAAUAAAAUGUCUAAAUAUUUUGGGAUUAGUUUAAAGUAAACUAUUAUGUUAAGUUUAUAAACCUAUAAGUUAAAAAAACAGCCCUCUUCUCAAUUUACUGUUAUUAUUAUUUGAAUAGGAUCAGGCCUUUGAUACAUUUAGUUUCCUAUGAAUGUCUCUCUUAUAACAAUUAUUGGUGUAAUUGUGUUUGUAGCAAAACAAAAGUAGGUAUAUAGACAAAUUAUUGAAUUCUGUUCCUACAUUACAUUAUUGUAAAUAUAUACUCCUUUGCAUUUUAUCUGGAUAGUUUGAGAUCCACUUUUAAGAUAAAAUGUGAACAUUAUUCCUUUUUGUUUUUUUCAGGAAACAACAUUUGUCACACAAAAGUUUGCUAUCAUUUGUUAGAUAAUAUAUGUAUCAGUUCAUGGUGUUUCCAAUAAUAUUUUUACUUCAGUGCAUUUCAAGUUUAAUUAUGUUCUCAAGUUGUAAACAAAUAUCUUAUAGUCUACACUCUUUAAAAUGUCUUCAAACUUUUAUUGGAAUAUGCUUGGGAAUUGUUGCUUACUUCAGUUAAAGUUUCUCUUUCUUUUAAAAUGCUUUUAAUGAUUGAUAACUUAUUUAUCUUAUAGUUUUUCUGUCAUGUGAAGUUUUAUUACUAAGGUGGUUGUAUGUUUAUUCUAUAGUUUUUUUGGUUUGUUUUCAGAGAGACAUUAAUGAUUGUUACUCACUUCUUUUACUAAUUUCAAAUCCUAUUUUGGCAUUCUAUUAAUGGUUGCUGUUUGCUUCACUGUACGUUUCCCUUCUCUUUGAGAGCUCUUUGUGGGUCUUUGUAAUUCAUGUUUUAGUUUUUUUUUCUUUUGGACUGAUCUUAAUGGUUUUUACUUCUGUUUCUAAUAGUUUUCUUUCCCAAUGAAAAUUUUUUAUUAUUUACUCCCAACUUUUCCUUUCUUUCGGAGUGCUCUUAAUGGUUGUUGUUUGUUUAUCUGUUAUGGUAUUCCUUACUGUGUAGUGCUCAUAAUAGUUGUUGCUUGCAUAUCUGUUAUAGUAUUUCUUCCUGUGUAGUGCUCAUAAUAGUUGUUGUCUGCUUCUGCUAUACUUUUCCUUUCUUUUUGAUGCUCUUAAUGGUUGUUUAUUUGUUUAUCUCUUAUGUUAUUCCUUCCUGUGUAGUGCUCAUAAUAGUUGUUGCCUACUCCUGCUAUACUUUUCCUUUUGUAUGGAGUGCUCUUAAUAGUUGUUGUUUGUUUAUCUGUUAUAGUAUUCCUUCCUGUGUAGUACUCAUAAUAGUUGUUGCCUGCUUCUGCUAUACUUUUCCUUUCUUUUUGAGUGUUCUUAAUGGUUGUUUAUCUGUUAUAGUAUUCCUUCCUGUGUGGUGCUCAUAAUAAUUGUUGCCUACUUCUGCUAUACUUUUCCUUUUGUAUGGAGUUCUCUUAAUGGUUGUUGCUUGUUUAUCUGUUAUAGUAUUCCUUCCUGUGUGGUGCUCUUAAUGGUUGUUUGUUUAUUUGUUAUAGUAUUCCUUCCUGUGUAGUGCUCAUAAUAGUUGUUGCCUGCUUCUGCUAUACUUUUCCUUUCUUUUUGAGUGCUCUUAAUGGUUGUUUCUUUGUUUAUCUGUUAUAGUAUUCAUUCCUGUGUGAUGCUCAUAAUAAUUGUUGCCUACUUCUGCUAUAUCUUUCCUUUUUUUUUGUAGUGCUCUUAAUGGUUGUUGCUUGUUUGUCCAUUGUAGUUUUCCCUAUUGGAGAGCCCUUAAUAAUUGUUGCUUACCACUCUUACUGCUUCCCAAGUCACCCAUUGCUCUUAAUAGUUGCCAUUUACUUUUGUUAUAGUUUUUAAUGGUUGUUCCUUACAUGACUUAUAGUCUCAUUUUGUUUCUGAUGGCUUCCAAAUGCUGUUACUCACUUCUUUUAUAUUUUGUCUUUCUUGUUGUUUGGUUGCCCUCUCUUUUGGAAAUCCCUUAAUGGUUGUUUCUUAUUUCUGUUAUAGGCUGAGCAUGGACCAGUGAUUAGCAUGUCAAACUGUGGAUCUAAGGUUCCAUGGUUCGCACUCUGUUACACUCCCCCCCCCUAAAAAAAAAGGGAAAAACAUCAUGCUCCACACUUUGGGGCUAUGGAUACAUUAUAAGAAUGAUGGUCAAAUCCCACUAUUUGGUUAGAUUGGCUCAUGAAUUGGCAAUGGAUGGCAUUGACUGGCUGCCUUUCCUCUAGUCUAUUACUUCAAAAUUAGAGAUUGCUAGUGCAGAUAGCCCUCAAGUAGCAUUGCUCAAAAUUCAAAACAUAUAAUUUCUAGUAUAUUUUUCCUUUU